CGUCAGUCGUAAAAAAACCGUCGAAUCGUGUGCAGACGAUUUUGAAAUGCGGUGCACGUCGUUCAUUCUUCUGCUGUGCAUUCUCAACUGCAUCGCGCUCGUGUAUACGAAAUGCACCGUGAGCAAACAGGAACGAGGAUCUGCUGCUCGUUUGCAAUGUUCCAACGUCACUCUGGCAAUGGUAUCGAACCAAAAUACAACCGACGUGUUGUCGAUAAUGAUCUUGAACUCAAAUAUACGGUACAUUCCGAAAGGAGCUUUUGCGAGAUACGCCAGGACCUUGCAGUCACUGAACAUCAAUAACUGCGACGUAUUAGACAUCGAUCCAGCUGCAUUCGAAGGGUUGACCAGCUUGAAGAAGCUCAGUUUAUCAAACAACAAGAUUACGCAAGUGAAGGGGGAAUGGUUCAAGGAUACGGUGUACUUGGAACAGUUGGACCUGUCGUUUAAUCAAGUUAUCAAGUUCGAGCCAGCGAUCUUCGGCAAGCUGUUACUUCUCAAGCGACUCGACGUUAAAGAGAAUCUUUUAACUUGUUUGGAUCCUUCCACGCUGCCUGGAGGUAUCGACAAGGUCCUCUUCUCUGGAAAUCCUCUAACUUUUAAAUGUCGAGCCAAGCUAACUCUGUGGAUGCGGGAUCAUGGCGUAAACUACAAGACCGAAGAGAGUGAGAAGGAAGCGUGGUUGGAUAAGCUGCUUUGGCUCUGCGCCAUCAACGAUGCGAGCGUGGCCGAAUCGGAGGUCCUGAUGAAAGAAUGCGUUAUCCUGAACCUGUUCAAUCAGCUCCGUACAGGAUUGAGCACUGCGGAAUCUUACCCUUUAUCAGUGUCCCAGGAGUGUGUCAACGCGAGGAAUCUUCUGACUAGUUGCAUUGUCACGCAGACUCAGAGAUUUCAGGCGUUCACGAAUGGAAAUGCGAUUAAAAAUCUUCUUCUAUAUUUGUAUCAGGCUAGAUCGAGUAUUUGAGGGCGAUGAGAAGAAAUAUUUAUAUAUAUUGUUACGGUAAAAAUAAAUCGUCUUCGUGAACAUUGAA